CGGGACUUUAAGCUCUUCGAUUGAGAGUUUAUACUAGUACGAGUCAUCACACCAUGCCCACCGUCGCAGUCGAUAAAGCAGAUCUCUUUGAGAAACUUGGCCAUCAGUUUACCUCAGAAGAGUUUGAUCGGCUCUGCUUCGAGUAUGGACUCGAACUGGACGAGGAUACCACUGAAGAAGUCGAGGCCGCGAUCAAGGCGGGUUUGCCUGCUGAACGCCCUCAACUGAAGAUUGAGAUACCCGCUAAUAGAUACGAUCUCCUAUGCAUAGAGGGGAUUUCGCGCGCCCUCGGCGUGUUCCUUGGAAAACAGACGGCUCCGAGAUACAGGCUGCUCAUGCCCCCUGGAGGGGAGAAGGAUCUCAUCCAUGUCAAAGUACACCCCGAUGUGGUCAAAGUUCGACCUUAUUUUGCCUGCGCCGUUCUGCGCAAUCUGCACUUCACACCGCGAUCAUACGCGUCUUUCAUUGAUCUUCAGGAUAAACUGCACCAAAACAUCGGCAGACGUCGAUGGUUCGUAGCUAUUGGGACUCAUGACCUCGACACGGUCGAGCAGCCUUUCCGUUUUGAAGCCAGAGACCCCGAUUACAUCAAAUUUGUUCCCCUCAACCGAACACAACCAAACACUGCAAGGGAACUUAUGACGAUUUACGAGAACGACAAGCAUUUGAACAAAUACCUCCCCAUCAUUCGCGACUCUCCAGUAUAUCCGAUUAUCUACGACAACCAAGAUCGUGUCUUGUCAAUGCCACCUAUCAUCAACUCGGAGCACAGCAAGAUCUCCCUCAACACUCGCAAUGUCUUCAUCGAUGUGACGGCGACGGAUGAAACGAAGUUGCACAUUGUUGUAAACGAAGUAGCGAUCAUGUUUUCUGAAUACUGCCAAGAUGCAUUCACGGUUGAGCCUUGUAAGCUAAUCUUCCCCGAUGGGUCGACGCGUAUAUCUCCAGAUCUUUCGUACCGGACGACUGUGGCACACACUUCCUACAUCAACUCGUGCACGGGACUUUCGCUCACUACUGCGGAGACCGUGAAACUUCUGCAGAAAAUGUCCCUAGAAGCGACGCCAUCAAAAGACCACGACGAUGAGAUCUUGGUUGACAUACCACCCACACGCCCAGAUAUCUUGCAUGAAGUUGACAUCAUGGAGGAUGCUGCCGUUGCGUACGGAUUCAACAAUCUUCCUCAUGUUUUCCCUGCGACAAGCACUGUUGCUCAACCCCUUGAAAUUGGCAAGCUCAGUGAUGUCAUUCGGACAGAAUGGGCUUUGGCAGGAUGGGUAGAAGCUUUAUCGUUCAUUUUAUGUUCCCAUGAUGAAAACUAUGCUUUCCUCAACCGAGUCGACAACGGGAAAGAAGUCGUCAAAAUCGGCAAUCCCAAAACACUGGAGUUCCAAAUCGUUCGGACUUCCCUGCUUCCAGGACUUCUAAAGACUGUGCGAGAGAAUCGUUCCCACCCUCUCCCAAUUCGUCUGUUUGAGUGCUCCGACGUCGUGUUCAAAGAUCCUACGAGUGAACGUCAGUCGCGGAACGAGAGGCAUGCUGCGGCACUAUGGUGCAACAAGACGGCUGGUUUUGAAGUUGUCCAUGGCAUACUAGACCGUGCGAUGCGAAUGCUUGAAGUCCCAAGAAUCAACUCGAAGGAUGGUCGCGCGGACACUGGAUACUACAUCAAGGAAGGCGAUGACCCGGCAUACUUCGCUGGACGAGCCGCGGUGAUCUAUUAUAGGCCACCGUCGGAAGGAACGUCUUCUAAAAUCUUGGAGUUGAAGGAGGAAAUCAAGGAGACACUGCACAUAUCAAGGCGAGACAUGGCAAUUGGCACCCUGGGAAUCCUGCACCCAAGCGUGCUCCAGAAGUUUGAGAUCACGUAUCCGUGCUCUGCGGUGGAAUUCAACAUUGAGCCAUUCAAGAAAAGCCGGAGUCGCCCAUAGACGAGUAGAGUUUGCGGUAGCGGUACUGUAGAAGUGUACAUUCGAAUUGUAUUGCCUAAUAAGCACAAGACUCAGAUCAGCUGGUAACGUUCC